CGCUAUCCCUGUUAUCCCCGCUAUCCCUGUUAUCCCUGCUAUCCCCGUCCCGGGGCCGGGAUCCCGCCCCGCGCGGUGUGCGGGCUGUGCCCGGCCCCUGACCGAGCUCUCCUCCGGCAGCCGGUGUCAUGGCGGGCGCUGGGAGCCGCCUUCAUCCUGUGCGGGGGGCUGCUGCUGGCCAUGAAGAGGGCGAAGAAGGCGAAGGAGGACAAGCUGGAGAAAGAGCGGAACCGAGGCAUCGGGAAACCGCUGCUGGGAGGACCCUUUGCGCUCGUCAGCCACGAUGGGCAGCCCAAGACCAACAAGGACUAUCUUGGCCAGUGGGUGCUCAUCUACUUCGGCUUCACGCACUGCCCCGACAUCUGUCCUGAGGAACUCGACAAAAUGAUGGAAGUGGUGGAUGAAAUUGAUGGGAUCCCAUCCUUGCCUGAUCUGACCCCGCUCUUCAUCACCAUUGAUCCCGAGAGGGACACUGAAGAAGCCAUUGCCAAAUAUGUUAAAGAAUUUUCUCCAAAGCUGGUUGGAUUGACUGGUACCAGAGCACAGAUUGACCAAGUGGCCAAAGCCUUCCGUGUGUAUUACAGCGAAGGUCCCAAAGAUGAAGACAAUGAUUACAUUGUGGAUCACACAAUAAUAAUGUACCUCCUUGGGCCAGAUGGUGACUUUGUGGACUAUUACGGCCAGAAUAAGAGGAGUGCUGAGAUUUCUGCUUCUAUUGCUGCACACAUGAGGAAAUACAGAUUGUAAACUAUGAGGUCUCCGGACAUUGGCUGUAGAGUUGGCUAUAAUGGGGCACAGUGGAGCUCAAGCAGAAAUACAUGAGCGUAAUGUCCAGCCACCACACACCUCUUUUCUUCCAAAUACAAAAGGCAACAGUACUCAAAAAUCUACAGCACCUUUCUGAUGGAUAGCAUUUAUAGUGAGAUCUGGACUACAGAAUGAAGUUCAGGACUUCUUGGAAACGUUGUGGUGUGCAAAAGAUAAAAAACACUUUUCAGAAGAACACCUGGUAGAAUUAGUUGGUAUCUCUCAUCCAGACAUCAUCGAGAGGACCUUUGCUUUAUUUAUUCAUGCCUUCUGGGAAUGGCACUUAGAAUAUUGUGAGUAGAGAGGCUGAGAGUACUCCAUUGCUGAAGUCAAGAAGGUGAAGAGUGCUGGAAGCAUCAGCAGCUGCCAUGCAUGGCACCAGCGCUGCGCCGUGCCCAGCCUUCCUCAUUUGAUGCAGAAAUGGUGGUUGUUUUUCCUGGGGAUUUCUCCAAGGAAGCAAUGUUGGCUUGUAAGGAAAUGAUUAAUGAGAUACAAAUAUGUUUUUCUUCCAAUCUAAAUGAUUUUAUGCAUAGUCAGCUUGAUUGUGCUCUGUUGAGUAAUGAAGUGGGGAGGAUGAAGAGGGGUGUGUUUCCAUGCAUAGGACUGUCAAGCAGAUAAAAUUAAUGCAUUGCAGCAUUUGAGAAUAAAGAUUGCUUUGUGUAAUUGUUUAUCAUUUUCUGAGGUUUCCAGGAAGUGCCUCCUGGUAAAGUGGCUGCAGUGCAUGUCUGGAGUUGUCUGCACUUGGGGACAGCAUUAUGGAGAGCCUGGAGUGUGUUAGCAGCUCUGCAACGCUAGAGGGGUUUGUGCAGAAGAGGUCUCACUUGCAGAGUGGCUGUGAGGCAUCUGUUUGCGUUUUCUUUAAUUUGAUUUGAUUGAUAAUGGGAUAUCAUCAGAACUUUGCAUGCUGGUCAAACCUCGUGCUGGAUUUCAUCUCUGUAGAAAGUAGUGUCAAUAUAUACAGUAUAGCAGGAAAGGCCAUUGUGUAGUUCGGAUUUGCUCGUCAGCAGGAAUUUUUGUGUAUUGGUUUAUACCAGCUGUUUUGUUGUUGUAGUAGAAUUUAACAUCCUUUUCAGCUGUUGAGCUUGUGGUAUUUUUCCUCUUGUUCUGGAUGCUUUGGAUGCAGGUAGCAAAGAGAAGCAGCUUCCAAAGGAAUUUUCUUAUGCUGGGUCUCGUGUCACUUAGAGCCCUGUCACAUCCAAGACGUUAUCAGUAAUAUCAGUGUCUGGGAUGAGUGGCACUGGCAAUAAGAAUUUGGUUUUCAUAGAGUCAAUAUAGUUUCUGAGGAGUCUUAUCUCACCUUUUAUUUUUUUCCUACAAUCCUGGAGGCAAUAAAUUAGUUUAGUUCUAAA